AUGCGUCGUCCAUCUACCUCAGAGCUCCUUAUCGUCCUCGUCCCAGUCGCCAGCCUAAUAUUCGGCAUCGCCCAGGUAGAUUCUGUCCAGUCCUCGGUGCAGCAUGCAAGCCGCGAUGUUACGCUGAUGCAGUGGCCGCCGGCUCCGAUAUUCGGGAGCGACGAGCUGGCAAGCGUACCUUCAAAUUUGGCACGGGGCGUCAUUGACGGUCUGUUGGCCGCUGGAGCCAUUGCCAUCGUUGCAAGUAUCUCUGCAGUGUUGCAAGCAAUCAACAACGUUCUUUAUCCCGGCUCACUUCCUAAWCAAUGGCAUAUGAUUUAUCGUGGAAUUCUAUACCCAUCGAUAUUGGUAAUCUUGGGCAUUUUUAUAUAUGCAUGCGUCGAGGAAUCCAGGAGUUCCAGAUGGCAAUUCAGCGAUACCAAUUCUACGGUGGGGAGAUUUGCUCCUGAGGCUUGGAGUUGUCAGUUCAAGUCUUACUUCUCGGAAUUGACCAGUGUCUGUGACUCUGCGCGAGCCGGUCGGUGGCUUUCGAUACCAAUUCUGCUAUGUUUCUUCGUCCUCGCAUUCAUUGAUUCAUGGCUGCACCCACAGAGAGACCAUAAACGAACCACAAAAGGGUACAUACCCAGAUGA